AUCCCCAGUGGCUCCAUCAAGGCCCGGCAAUCUCAUUAGUGUAGCGUCAGAGAAGAGAGACAUAAUCCGCUCACCAGGAGGGGGAUAAAUUCCUAGGCCACAGUUCUGUUGACCCAGGCCAGCUAACGGGAACCUGUGGCUCCCUGAGACCUGUCCAGUGCUUGCCUGCAUGAGGAGUCCAGCCCAGCCUGACCGAGUCCAGAAGCUAAGGGUCACUGCUGUGUCUCUGCCACCCUCACCAUGAACCUGGAGCCACCCAAGGCCGAGAUCCGGUCAGCCACACGGGUUAUAGGAGGACCGGUCACCCCCAGGAAAGGACCACCUAAGUUCAAGCAACGGCAAACCAGGCAGUUCAAGAGCAAGCCCCCCAAGAAGGGCGUCCAAGGGUUUGGGGAUGACAUCCCUGGAAUGGAAGGCCUGGGAACAGACAUCACUGUCAUCUGCCCUUGGGAGGCCUUCAACCACCUGGAGCUGCAUGAGCUGGCCCAGUACGGCAUCAUUUAGUCAAUCUCUGUGGAAGAGGCCUGAUGAAGAUCCACUCUACCCCACCACCCUCUGUAAGCCCUGUCCAGGACCCCUUCCCAAACCCAAGCCUGAGUCCCUAGCUAGGUUGCCCCUGGCCUCCGGGUGGGACAACUUCACACCCUGACACCAGCUACCAAGAGCCCCCCAGCCUCCUGCAGGAUGCUCUGCUGACCCUGAAGUCACUGCUCAGGAGGAAGAAGGGAGGGGGGAACCUGACCCUCUUGUAGCUGGAAUGCAGGAAUGGACUCUCCAAUAAUGUUUCCCUGAACUGCCUACUGUCAUGAGAAUGUUCCUCUGCCCUGCAGCCCUUCCGGAUGGGUGUCUUGGAUUGGGACACUGUCCUGGGGUGACGUGGCGAGAGACACUGAGGCUGUUCCCCCCAUUAUGCCAGCCUUCCCUACAUACUCUGUCCCUUGUCCCUAUUUCAAAAUAAAAUUAGCGUGCCCUUG